AUGCAGUCUUUUCUUCAAUACCGGCGCGCGGGCGUUGAAGCCCAGGCGCAAAUCGACCGAGACGUUGGAAAAAUCCAGUCAUCCAACUCACUAGGCCGGCCAUACGAUCAGGUGCACUCGGGUGGAGGAGCACAAGAUUCCACGGCGCAGGGGGAGAAAAGACAAAGUCCCUUGUCGGGUUCGUCUGACACCAUCGAUUUGGAAGCCCGAGGACAACAACCCGAAGGAGUAUCGGAGCCUAUUAAGCGAAGCCAGACCGCGCGGACCGGGUACUCCGAAGGCACGGCCCUCGGUCGGGUGCUGACCGGCAUCCAUGUACGGGACCGCACGGGAGCUGAGGGGCACGGAGGCCGUGUCUUUGUCGUCGGCUGGGCGGGGCCGGACGACCCCCUAGACCCGCACAACUGGCCGACUGCCAAGCGCAUUGGCGUCACGCUUCAAAUAUCCAUGAUUGCGCUCUUCGUUGGGGCCGCGUCGGGGAUCGACGCGACGGUGCUCCCGCAAGCCGCGAGGGCGUUGGGGGUUAGUGAGGUUGCCGAGUCGCUGGCCACAGGUCUGUAUCUCGUGGGCAUGGGCCUCGGAUCCCUCGUCGCCGGCCCCUUUUCGGAAACCUUUGGCCGCAACGCCGUCUACGCCGGCUCCAUGGCCAUCUUCAUGAUCUGGAUCAUGGCAUCCGGCCUCGCGCCCAACUUUGGCGCCCAGAUCACUUUCCGUUUCCUGGCCGGGUGUUCCGCCUCGACGCCGCUGGUCUGCUCUGGUGGCUCUAUCGCUGACAUGUACAACCGCCUCGAGAAGACGUGGAGCUUCCCGCUCUACGCCAUCACAUGUUUCGGCGGACCGAUGAUUGGCGCCGUCAUGGGUGCUUAUAUCGGCCCUUCAACCGCCGUGAGUUGGCGAUGGACCGAGUGGACGGUGCUGAUAUCCUCGGGCCUCGUUCUGGUCCUAGUUCUGCUCUGCAUGCCCGAGACCUACGGCCCGCUGCUUCUGCAGUGGAAGGCUGCCCACUACCGACGGAUCACUGGCGAUGACCGUUUCCGCUCUGAACACGAGAUCGUUGAUGCUACGCUGUUCAGCCGCCUCAAGACCAGCAUGACGCGGCCCUUUCUCAUGCUCACAGAGCCCAUAAUCAUGGGCAUGACGCUGUACAUCACCGUCGUCUACAUCGUCCUCUUCACGUUCCUCGUCGGAUGGCCCUACAUCUUCGAAUACACCUAUGGCCUCGACCAAGGCCUUGCGAACAUCAUCUUCAUCGCCAUGUUCGCUGGCACGCAAGUCAACUUUGCCUUUGUCCCGCUUAUCUAUUCGAUGACGGUGAAGCGAGUUGGGAAGGGCGAGGAGGGCACAGGGUUCAAGCCGGAGAUUCGUCUUUGGUACGCCAUGUUUGGCGCUGCCGUCGCCGUCCCAGUCUCCCUCUUCUGGCUCGGCUGGACCAAUUACGCCAGCAUCAGCAUCUGGUCCGCCAUCUUCGCAGUCGUUGUCUUCGGUUACGGCGUGACGGGCAUCUUCAUCUGCGUAUACAUGUACAUCAUCGACUCGUACGAGAUAUACUCGGCGUCGGCGCUUACGUUCGUCGCCCUCAUUAGAUACAUGGUCGCGGGAGGGAUCACCGUGGUUGGCAUACCCUUUUAUGAGAAUCUGGGCACUCAUUACACACUGACAAUCCUCGCUUGCAUAUCAGCCCUGCUUGCGCCGAUACCGUACGUUCUUUACUACUACGGGCACUGGGUCCGAGCCAAGAGUCGGUUUGCUGUGUCGCUGUAG